UUCGGCAGGAUUUCCUGCCUCAAUUUCUGUUUUGUCGAGGAAAUGACGCGUAGUCCAGAACAAGUCAAGGUCUGAAUCUAUAUAAACUGGGUUUUGGAUGGAGCUUCAAGCAUUUCAACUGACUUUGAUUUCACUUGCCUCCGGACAUUUUUGGGAAAGUGUACAUUGUAUCGUUUUAUCUCCUCUAUCCAGACUCAAGCUGGUUUUGCUGUCUCUGUCAAUGCGUGACGUGUGCUGACCUGUGUAGCUUGUGCACUCUGUUUUCUACAACUUACGGCAGGCCACAAGGACGACACAACUUUCUUCGAACGUCAAGCCCAGACAGGAUUUCUAAACCAACGGCCAACGAUGGCGACAGCAAGGGAGCCCCGCAAGCGUCUUGUUCCCUUCUUGAACAGCAUGAUUGGGCAGUGCCCAGGAGUUGAAUGGGAAAACCAACAAGAGCUAAUGUUUCGUAUUCCUUGGAGACAUUUCAAAAAUCGUGAGUGGGCACCAGCAGAUUCCCAGAUAUUCCUGGAGUGGGCCAGACUCACGGGCAAGUUCAACAAGGGGGAUAAGCCUGAUUAUCCUCUGUGGAAGACACGACUUCGAUGUGCCCUCAACAAAAUACCAGAGAUUAAGGAAAUAAAGAGACUUCACCGUUCAAAUGACCCAAAUCCUUAUCGGGUUUAUCAGUUUGUUCAAUCUUCACCCGGUACCUUCGAUAAAGAUUUUUCUUCUGAUAGUUGUAGCAAUGUGUCUAGCCCAGCGACAUCUGCCGGCUCAGAAUCCCAACCAUCUCCACACAUGCCCCUGGAUGACACAGAUUUUCUUCUCGCUGCGGCUUCUCCCCAUCCUCAGAACCAAGUCUCUUCACAACAUCUGCAACAGGAAAAUCCCCAGAUUCCCACAGUGGUUCUGGAUGUGGCUGAGAAUAACAGAACAUUCAACAUCGUGGCUUACCCCACGGAAAGGAGGGAGAUGAACGACCUUCCUCCUCAAACGGUUGACAAGAGUGAACAAUUUUGUCAUAAUAUCUUUGCUAGUGAAGCUGUUCCCUCAGAAUUAGGGCUUUCCGGGUUCCCGUCUGUUGAGAAAAUGGAGACCAAUGGGAGUUUGCCAUCAGAUCUAAAGUCGCUGGAAGAUGGUGACCUAGUGCGUGUAUCCCCAGGAGAGAAUAUGCCCUCAAUGCCCAGUGUAAACACGCCCAGUUUUGGAUCUUACACAUCAGUACAGCAGGCGGAAAGGGGAGAGAACAACACAGCCGUCCCAAAUAUUCCCUCAGUGGCAGAUGAGCCUGCUUUCAAUUUCUCUCUGUGGUAUGGCUUCAACCAGAAAUUGUGUGUGAUGAGUGGGCCCAUUUCAUCCCAAGGGUGUUGUCUUUUUACUGAUCCGCAAAAGCUCAAAGAGAAAUUCGUUCUCGACCAGGAGUUGCUUGGUCCCAGAGAGGUGGAACAGCUGGAGAUGCCCUCUGUGAACCAGUGCUAUGGCGGGGAGCAGCUGGAUGAGGUCCAAGUGAAGUUGAUCUCACAACUCUUGGACAACAUGGAACGAGGCCUUGUCCUCAUGGUCAAGAACCACGUACUCUAUGCUCAACGCUUGUGCAAGACGCGCAUCUUCGUGUCUGACAACAAGUCCACAAGUUGUAUACUGGAGCGUGGGGGCCAGAAAUUGAUCCAGAUAUUUGAUCCAAUAGGCAACAGAGAUUCCUCUGUAUUUCUUACUUUUGGACAAGAGAUAAAAAAAGACGGUGCUGGAAAGCCCAUGCGUCGAGUGCUCAUAUGCUUACAGAUUGAUCAUGUGAAAUCAAAGCAGAACAUGGAUAAGAUAGUUCUAGAUUCAUACGCCAAUUCCAAUUCACUAGAUCAGUUUAUUUCAGGAAAUGACGGCAAUGAUAAUCUGUUAGACCAGUUGAAAAACAUAAGCGUUUCUUGAUUUUUUCGUCUUCUGUCAAUAUGUUUUCAAUUGUGACUUAUCUUUUAAUGUACCAUCAACUUACGUUUUACUGUUUACAGGUUAGGCUUAAGGUUAGAUUGUGUUAAUGCUUCCCAAUAGUUAUUUCUGAUGAGAUAACAGCUUUGAAAUAAUACUGACAAGCUGAUUAUGCUUGAGGGAUUAGCAAGCCCAGUCUAAGAGUAAGAUAAAGUGUAUAUAUAGUUUUAGUUGUGCACAACAUCAGAUCCACUGAGUCAAUAUUUCACACAUAUUAGAACACAAUGUCUUCUUUCUAUUGGUUGCUUCGAAAACAGAGGGAACUGAGAAAAUGUUCUCAUAAGCAUUGCUCUUAUUAAUUUGUACAAAUGUAUCAAAGACCAUAUAUAUAUAUAUAUAUUAUGGAUUCAACUGAAGGUCCUUUUUUUAAAUCGAAAAUUUGUCACUGUUUGUCAUUUUCAAGAUUUGGUUUCUCUUUUUUAAUGUUGUGCUUUGUUAGUUACUUUACCUUCAAUCAGAAUUUAUGGAACUUCCAACACAAGAAAGUCAUAUAGGUUGGAAAGAUGAGAGGUUUUACUAGAGAGUAACAUACAAAGAAAAGAAAGAGGAGAGAUAAGGACGAUAAAUGUUUGAUAGAAAAGAAGGAGCAAACCACACUAGGGCACCUGCCAACCUCAGAUGUUGUGUUUUUCCUACUAAUUAUUUUCUGUUAAUGGUUACCUUAUGCAGAUGCUUUCAUAUGUUACUAGGAGUUUGUUUCAUCUCUGAAAGGCCAGAGUAAAAUAAAUAACUUGCCAUGCUUGUUCUCUCAGAAAAGCCAGAGUAAUGUAUGAUAAAUCACUUUCAUUUUGCCUUAACGUUCUCGAGCAUGGAUUGCAGCAUCUCACUUGGCAUACCUCUCGAAAUCCCCAUUUUGAAACUGCAGCGCUUUCAAAUACUGAGCCAUGGUUAUCGUGUCUAGAAAAAGUAAGAAUGUUCAUAUUACCCUUAUUUUAAGAAAACUACAUAGGCUUCACACAAUUGCCAGAACUACUUACAAAAUAUUACAUUUCAAGAUUGCUGUCCUUACCCAGUUGUGUUAACCACUAAUUCCCCCUUGUAUUUUUUAAAAUAACCUCAGUCAAAUGUAUGUUGCACCAAGAUUUCUCUGAUGGGGAGAUCAGUCUGAGAGGUUCUUUUCUCGUUUAGUUCCAUAAAACUCUCUUAGUGUAAUUUUUAUCCCACAACAUUUGAGGGUUACAAAGUCGGAGGCAAAAUUUAAAAUGAAAAUACUGUUUUAUAGUUCUUCUUAUCCACAGAGAACUUUUAUGUUUAUAAUGUGUUGUGUAUAUCGUCAUUGAUUAUACCAAUAUUUUUCUUCUUUUUUUUUUGGUGCAUCAUGUAUAUUCUACAAGUAGGCCUAUUCAUAGAUUCUCUGAGCGUUUUACGGAGCUGGCAUGUUUUAUCCUAGUAUUAAUUAAAUAUAUAUAUAUGUACUCUAUAUGAUGCACAGACUUUUUAUCGCAGAUAGUGAGGAAAUAUAUGCAUUUUAGAAACGUAUUUGGUUUAUGUUUUCCUUCUCGCAAGUUAUUUGAUCAUCCAUUCUGAUUCUGUGCUGUCUUCAUCUCGUGCUAUAGAUUGCAGAUAAACAUGCCCAAAGUUUCUGCUUGAACUGGUGUCAGUUAAAUACAAUUUGGAUACCUUCACGUUGUGUACAGUGUACAGAUCUUUUAGUUGUUGGUUUUUUUAGUUUUCACUGGAAUAAAACAAAUAUAAAAUCUGAA